GGCAGCUCCAAAGUCUUCCAUAUUAUACAAGUUAACAACUAUACAAAGCCACUGGACUUUCCACAUUAUUAUUCUUUCUGUGAACACUGAAAGACAAAUUAAAGAAGAACACAAGAAGAGAUAGAAAGAGAAACUUAAAAAAAAAAAAUUAAAGAUGGGAAGAGCACCAUGUUGUGACAAAGCAAAUGUGAAGAAAGGACCUUGGUCGCCUGAAGAAGAUGCAAAACUCAAAGAUUAUAUUCAAAAAUAUGGUACUGGUGGUAAUUGGAUUGCCCUUCCUCAAAAAGCUGGUUUAAAGAGGUGUGGAAAAAGCUGCAGAUUAAGAUGGCUUAAUUAUUUAAGACCAAAUAUUAAACAUGGGGAUUUCUCUGAUGAUGAAGAUAGGAUCAUUUGCAGCUUAUAUGCUAGUAUUGGUAGCAGGUGGUCAAUAAUUGCAGCACAAUUACCAGGAAGGACAGACAAUGAUAUCAAGAACUACUGGAAUACAAAGCUUAAAAAGAAGCUUAUGGGCACUUCAUUAACCCCUAAUUUAAACAUUAAUAAUAAUAUUAAUCACAAAAAAACCCACCUUAAUCAAAAUCAUCAAUAUCCUAUGCUUCAUCAUAAUCAUAAUUACCCAUCAUCAUCUUUAUUAUCCUCAAUUCUAUCAGCUUCAUCAUCAUCCUCACCAUAUCACCAGUACGCUACCUCAUACUAUAAUUCCCCAUCUUCUAGUCUUUCUUCUAGAACCAUGUCCUUCAAUAAUAAUAAUAAUAAUAAUGCCCUAAUUCUUAGGCAGAACUAUGAACAACAUGUAAAGGAGAAAAGUACUCUUCUUGUCUUUGGUGGGGAACAACAUCAUGAUCAUGAUCAUGAUCAUGAUCAUAAUCACAAUCAUAAACAUUAUCAAAUUAGUAGUUGUAGUUCUGAUGGGAGUAUUAUUACUCAGAUGACUAAUCAUCAAGUGAAAUGUGAAGAACAAAAUUAUGGAUUUCAUCAUAAUAAUGUUGUUAAUCAUGAUCAUCAUGUUGUUAAUCAUCAUGAAGAUCAAGGAAAGAUCAAAUCAAGUGAUGCUAAUUAUAUUCAUUAUGGAAGUCAUCAAGAUCAUGAGACGAUGUUAUUAAGGAAUGAUGAGAAGCCUUCUUGUGUUGUUAAUGGUAGCAGUUUAUGGGGGCAAACUAGUCAAAGUAAUGCCUCAUUGUUAGAUAAUUAUGGGUUAGAGGAGAUUAAGCAGCUAAUUAGUUGUACUAACCAUAUAAAUAUUGGGAAUAUGAGCAGCUUUAAUUACUUUGAUCAUCAAAGUAAAGGAGAAGAUAAUAAGGAUUCUAAGGUGAUGUACUAUCAUUAUUGAUCUUAAGAUUUUACGACUACUUGAUGAGAACUUUAAAUAGUCUCAUAUUAUUUUGAAUUAGCAAAUUUUUUAUCUAUAGUUCUUUUUAUGCAAAUCUAUUUAUCUGGGU